UCCAUUUGCCCAAAUAUAAAUGUAGUGCGAUUAGAACGCUGGCAAGGCCAGGAGGCAUCCACGGUUCAACCUGCAGCACUGUGGCAUCGAACGCAAUAACAACCUUGUCGGCUUUCUCUUACCGCACUAACAAGCGCAACCCCCAUACCCUUCGGCGGCGGAAAGCAAAACCCUAACGUUUUCCCCACCUUCGCGGCCGCUCUAUGGAAGGUCAGACAUAGCUUGGAGCCGCCGGAGAUUGGAGGGAUCGGUGUAAAAGAACGCGACUAGCUGCUGUGCGAGAAGAGGAGGGCGCUGGCAUCAUGUCUGCCGUAGUUUGCAGGAAGAGAUCCACCUCUAUUUUCGAAGAAAUCCAAUACAUCAAUCCUUCGCCUUCUAAGAAAAUUCGCUGCUCCGCCGGCGUAGCUUCGCCGCCAUCGAGCAGGAACGCUUCCCAGUUCUUAAUUCCGACGAUCGCUUCUGGAUCUGCAGGGGAUAGCAGCCAAAUUCUUGAUCAUCUUAGAAGCCUCUUCCCUACUAUGGAGCAGCAGUAUCUUGAAAAAGUCCUUGAAGCAUCCGGUAACAAUUUAGAUUCUGCCAUAAUGAGUCUAAAUGAUCUUUGCUUAGAAUCAUCUGCAAAUAACUCCAGUGGCAGAGUUGAAGAAAAUGGGAAAGUUUUGCCUGAAGCUGAUAACUCAGUUUCUGGAGAAGAAUCUGCUAAUGACUAUAUUCCAAAACAAGGAUCAGAAUGGGUGGAUCUUUUUGUGAAAGAGAUGAUGAAUGCAUCCGACAUGGGUGAUGCGAGGACUCGUACUUCCCGAGCUCUAGAAGCCCUAGAGAAAUCUAUUGUCAAACGGGUUAAUGUUGAAGCCACGCAAAACCUGAAUAAGGAAAGCAUGGUUCUGAAAGAACAGAUUGAAACACUCCUCCGUGAAAACACAAUUCUGAAAUCUGCAGUGGCCAUUCAGCACGAGCGUCAGAAGGACUUCGAGGUGAAGACUCAGGAGCUACAUCAGCUUAAGCAGCUCGCUUCCCAGUACCAGGAGCAGUUAAGCAAGCUGGAGGUUAACAAUUAUGCACUGGCGAUGCAUCUGAAGCAAGCUCAACAGGGUUAUUCAAUCCCAGGAAGAUUUCAUCCUGACAUCUUUUAGCUCUCUGAUGAAUUGCCCGAAACAUCUUGUGUAUAUUCUGCUGAUUUGUUUCUUAUUUUGAAACUUUGAUUUGAGGUAAUACCAACUUUUGACCGAACCGGUUUGUUGGUUUGUUUUAUUUCUGUUUCAUGUGCGCAUUUUCUUAUUUCUAAUGAUUGUAAAUUCACAAUA